GACGCCUCAAAUCAGUGGGGCUGGGCCACUGCAGCCGUAAUCCCUGAGCUGGAAAAUGAGAUCGACAUUAACAACACUGAGGCCUACCGCGCUGACCUCCGCCGACUGGCGUUAGUGGAGGAUUUGCUCCUUAAAAACCAAGGACAGGCCAUCCUCACGGAUUGGCGCAAGGAGCGCGACCACCUACGCUUCCUGACCAAGGUCUGUUUCAACAAGCACUUUGGCAGCAUCUUCCGAUCAUUCCACAACCCCUCCUACUUCUCCCAGCGAUUGGGUCAGUAUGCCUCUAUGUACACCUCCUCAGUCACCAACCUUCUGGCCCUCCCCCUAAACCACACCUGCUAUCCCCGACGGACCCCACUGCCGCACGAGUACCUUUGA